CUUCCUGCGGGCUGGCAGUUGUAUCCGUGUGCAGCGGGACAGCGGGCCGACCAGACUUGGCGACCGGAAUGGGUGGCGGCGCUUAAAGGCCCCGGUAGCGAUCUCCAUGCGUUCGGGGGGACUAGGAUGUCCAAGGCCGGGAGUAAAAAGUCUUCUAAAGCAGCAAAGCGACCCACGGCAAACGGAAUUCCGAUUCUGCCACGACAGGGCAGCCUACAGGGCGCCAGCGAGUUCUACGACUUCGCCUGUAAGGUGAUGCUGAUUGGUGACUCGGGAGUGGGGAAGACUUGUGUGCUGGUUCGCUUCAAGGAUGGAGCUUUCCUCUCCGGAUCCUUUAUUUCUACGGUCGGGAUCGACUUUCGGAACAAAGUUGUCAAUGUUGAUGGUGCUAAGGUCAAACUACAGAUUUGGGAUACUGCUGGUCAGGAGAGGUUCCGUAGUGUAACACAUGCUUACUACAGAGAUGCACACGCCCUGCUGCUUCUAUAUGAUGUCACCAACAAGACAUCAUUUGACAACAUCAGAGCCUGGCUCAGUGAAAUCCAUGAAUAUGCACAGCAGGAUGUGGUCAUCAUGCUGCUGGGGAACAAGGCCGAUAUGCAGGCAGAAAGAGUUGUGAAGAGAGAAGAAGGCGAGAAGCUUGCUAGAGACUUUGGGAUCGCCUUCAUGGAAACAAGUGCCAAGACAGGACUCAACGUAGAGCUGGCCUUCAUGGCUGUGGCAAAGGACCUGAAAUCACGGAAAACCAGGAAACCAAACGACCCCAAGUUCAGCGUGACAGAGUAUGUGGACCAAGAGAAGCAGAACCAGGGCUGCUGCUCCUGAACCCUCACCUUUCACCUUUGACACGGAACAGUCCACUCUACUUACCCACGAGUUGUGAAUUAUAACGGUUCAAUCUUCAAUGUCAUAUAGCACAUUCUGCUCUAUAGGUUUCAUAGUUAAACAAAGGAACAUAAAUGUACUGUUUUUUGAGCUUUGUAAGAUUUAAUGGUUUACUGGUAUUAGAGUUGUUAGUGAUUAUAUUACCAGUUAAAAGUAUGAUAAUCAAUGACAUGUUUGGCAAAGUACAUUCCAUAGUUGGCCACAACUUCAGUAAGCAUUCUGUACAAUCUGUAAAAGUUAAAAACAAAAAUGGCAGGGCAACAAAAAGUGAACAGGUAUUCGAAUUCAGACCAGGUGUGGUUUAAUUUAGUUGCACUCUUUAUUUUGUUGUACUUAUAUUUGUUUGUCUUCCCUUUGGUUACAAUUUUAUCUAUAUUCAAGAAAUGUGACGUAUGAGCAUCAAGAGUAUCAUGAUAUUAUAGUUGUGUGUCCGAAUAGGGUAAUUUUUUUCAGACAGGCAGCAUUUAGUUUAAGGACGGAAAAUAAUGUAUUUGAUCAACACUUCAUUGGUUGAAAAUCUAUAUUAAAGGACGGUUUGACACUCUUCCAAGUCUUCUGUAUAUGAAUUUAUACCAUUUGUCUAAUUGUUAAAAAUAAAGAUAAAAACUUUGUAGCCCUACAGAGAAAAAUAGUAUGCACAAGAAGCACCAAAGAAGCACUUGAGUAACUAUGUACAAUCUUCAAAACUUUAUUUCAAAUCAGAUUUUUUUAGCUAUUCAAUUUCCUUGGUAAGAUCACAAUCACACGUAGGACUUAUUUUCAGAACAAUGCAAUAUUGUGUGUUCAAAAACAGUAAGGGUUUUGAGACUUAAUCUACUUUGAUAUGAACACCAGAGUUGAGAAAAGCUGUAAACUGGAGUUGGCGUGCAGUGGUUAAAAAACUGGAGACAAUAUUGUAGCUAGUAGCAGUGGCUAUGAAUAUGUCUUGCAGCUCUGUAUGUGAUCUUUGUAUUUCAUGCACCAAACAGUGCACUGUUGUGCAAGAGGCUAGUUGUCAUGCUGCAAAAAAAAUGUUAGUCAUAUACAUGCAUAGUGCUGUUGUGCACAAUAGUCACUGCAAAAGUGUACACUCAUU